AUGUCUGAAAGCGAAACCAGUGGUUCCGAAGAGUAUUUCGAUCGGAUGACAAGUGACUCUGAAAUUGAGUCUGAUGUACGUAGUCUUAGAGAAAACGACUAUGAACCUGAGGUUGAUAAAGCUUUACUAACUCUCUCCCACCCGGCUGCCCCUUCUGACAAUGAUUUCGAAAUGGAGAAUUUAGAUCGGAUGACAGGUUACUCUGAAUUUGACUCGGAUCUAAGUAGUUUUGAAGUUGGAUACUGUGAAUCUGAAGAUGAUAUGGAUUUUUCAAGUCUAACCUCCCUCUCUAGUUCUGACGAUGAAGAGUAUGAACCUGAACAUGAUGUGGUCACUCCCUCCACCUCGGCUGCACAUUGUCACAGUGAUGACGAAAUGGAAGAUCGGUACUACCGGGAAGUUUUUUCAUUAGAAGAACCUCAACCUUUUCCUUUUCCUUUUCGUGAGGUACCUGGCCCAAAACAUAUGCCACCUCCCGAUUCUCCUCCUAUCGCAUAUUUUUAUCUGUUUUUCACUAGUACUUUGCUGUCUCUUAUGGUGGAGGAAACCAAUCGAUAUGCGCAGCAAGAGUUAAAUCGCAUGGGAAAUAAUGUACCGUCCCAUUUGAAGAAAUGGACCAAAGUCUCUGUUUCAGAGAUGAAAGGAUUUCUGGCGUGUAUUUUAAAUCUGGGUCGCAAAAAAUCAUCAGAUCCAGCUAGAUACUGGUGCACUUCUCCCAUCCAAUCCGCUUCGUGGUUUCGGGAAAUGUUAUCUAAACAGCGUUUUUGUCAAUUACUAAGUUUCUUCCAUGUCGUCGAUGACAGCAAGUUGCCUGGAAUUGGAGAAUUGGGAUAUGAUCCGUGUGCCAAAUUCCAACCUCUUUUGAAUCAUUUGAACAGAGUCUCCCAACACUAUUACACUCCUCAUCAGGAAAUAUCCAUUGACGAAAUCUAUAUGGGUUUCAAAUUCUGGAUGAUGAUCGACUCAGUAUCUAGCUACUGCUUGGGAUUUUUCCCUUCUGAACGGGCCGAGUCUCAGCAGGAGGAUCACAGCAUCUCAGAAUUAGGUUUAGGCUGUACUGUUGUGCAAAAACUGCUCGAGAUUGAUAUUUACCUGAACAAAGGGUACCAUUUCUUUAUCGACAGAUGUUUCAUGUCGGUUCCCCUUGUUCACCGUUUGUAUUCUCUACAGACUUAUGUCACUGGAACUGUUCGGGGGAACCAGAAAAUGCUACCCAAACAGUUCAAGAAGAACUUUGCAGACAAAGAAACAUCGUAUUUCCGAUCUGGUCCCUUGUUAGCCUGCGGCUUUAAAGAGAAGCAGUCACAAAUGAACCCUAUCUUUAUAUUAUCUAGCCACGCAUGGGCACGAGAUGUAGAAAUAAUUAGAAAUGGAAAGGCUAAAAUAAAGCCAGAAAUAAUUCAAAAUUAUAACAAAUAUAUGAGUGGAGUCGAUAUAUCCGAUAUGGUGUUAUAUACAGGUUAUGAUAAAAGUAAAUCAAUGAAGUAUUGGAAGAAUUUAGCGUUCAACGUCAUAGCCAGAAUGGCGUUGAAUAGCUACAUGCUUUACAAAGAAAAGUUUGCGGGACCAGGGAAAGUGAAAUCUCGAGACGCGUAUCACGUGGCCGUAAUCGAGAGUUUGGCGGAGGAGUGGAUGGCCACAAAGUCGACUACGAACAACUCUCAAGAAUCAGAGGAUGGAGAAACUUCCGGAAAGAAGGAAAGCCCGUAG